AUUUACUAUACAAAGUUUGAAUUUCAAACAUAUAUUAUAAUAAUAAUAGACUAUUGUUGGGAAUGUUAUGCAUACGAUCGGCGGCUGCAGCGGUGGUGAUGAUAAUGGCAUACAGUUGGCGGACAAACCGUAAUCAUCGUCAACAACAACAAUAUAAACAACUGUUCAGACACUGGUCUGAUCCAUGGCUGCUAAGAUCAUCAGAGAUGACUGCUGCUGACGGCAUCGAUAUUGUCGACGUUAGGCAAAAAUGUUUGCGAUCAGUGGUCCGAUGUUAUCCGAUCUCUAUCCACAACAGUGACCGUAUAUGCGGUAUCGGUACUGGUUUUCGUGUGGUCAACAACAACAACGGCAGCGGCGGGAAAGAAAUGUAUAUUGUGACCAACGCUCACGUAGUCAAAGGCGCACAUUUUGUCCAAUUAGCUAUGAUUUACCGAAACCAAUGGCAAUAUAUUGACUCGACUGUUGUCUAUGUGGAACCGAACCGGGAUUUGGCACUGAUUAAGCUGAGCAUCGAUGAAUCGGUCGAUACUGACGGCUACACACCUGUACCUAUACUAACCAACAACCAAACAGCGAAUUUCGGCGAACCUGUAGUCACGUUUGCCACCAAUGACUGGAACUAUCGGUGCCAUUCGGGCCGUGUCCAGGCCCUGGGUGUCAAUGUUAAUCAAAUUUUGCCCGACUAUGUGGUCUCAAUGUUUUUCACUGGUGCCGCCGCAUCACUGUUGGUUCAUUCGGCGCCUACUGUUCCCGGUUUUUCUGGCGGUCCAUUAGUAGUGGCCGCUGGUCCCCGAAUAGCCGGUGCUAACGACAUUUCCAGCCAAUUUGGCAGCUAUUAUAGUAUAGCGUCCAAUGAGAUAACAGAGUUUAUUGAAAAUGGUAUCAAAUAUUACAAAACGGUGUUCCCCUGGAAAUUCAUGUACCGUGAGAUCAAGUAUUCAACGGUUAUUGCUGGCAACGGGCCAUCAGCAGCGGCAGUAGUAGUAGUCAAACUCGGCAUUGUCCUAUCGAAACAUAUAAAUUGGUUUAUUGUUGAGGACAUACUACCCGAAUCCCUGUGCCCAGAACUUUACCAAAAAUAUAUUAUAGCCAUCGAUGACCAACCGUUUACUAAUAUCAGUCAAUUAACUGCUGCUGUUGUACUGACUACCGGUGCUUAUAAUAAUAAUAAUAAUAGAAAAGAGUUAAAACUAACUAUAAUAGACUUAAACGAUAACAAACGUAUGGACACACCAUUGAUGGUUAAGUGCCAACAUUAUAGUCAACUACCUGUUGUUUGUUAA